CUGCCCUUGAGGACUCCAUCAGCCCAGUACCUGGGGCUCCGUCUCCCACGUCGGGCCCAAGCCUGUGUCGAACAGACAAACAGCUGCAGCUCAACCAAACCCUCCUGCCCCUCCUCCUCCUCCUCGCCCUGGGGCGGGGCCCCAGCCAAUUGCACGACUGCCCGCCUACCAUCAAGGGUGGGCUCUCUGCGUGCUAAUCCGCCAAUCCUCUGGAGAAAGGCGGGUCUCUUUCGACGCUGUCACCAACGAGUACGCGCAAAGGACUGGAUAGGCGCGAUCCCAGACCAAUACAGUGAGGGGAACCUUGAGGAUGGACGAGGCGAGGAGCCACUAAAGGGCGAGCGCCUCAAGACAGGGGGCGGUGCCCUGCUGAUAGGCGUAUACUUUAACCAAUAACAUCGUGAUGCCCUCAUGACCCCGCCCCCAGACCAAUACAGUGAGGGAACCUUGAGGAUGGACGAGGCGAGGAGCCACUAAAGGGUGAGCGCCUCAAGACAGGGGGCGGUGCCCUGCUGAUAGGCGUGUACUUUAACCAAUAACAUCGUGAUGCCCUCAUGACCCCGCCUUUUAACUCAUAAACAUCUAAUCAGGGGUUUGUCCAAUACCCCAGAGUCUUUGGUUGCUGGAAGGAAGAACAGGAUGGAUCUGGUGCUGAGAAAAUCCCUUCUCCAUGUGGCUCUGAUGGGUGUUGUUCUGGCUGUAGGGGCCACAGAAGGACCCAGAGACGGGGACUGGCCUGGUGUCUCAAGGCAGCUCAGAGUUAAAGCAUGGAACAGACAGCUGUACCCAGAGUGGACAGAAAGCCCGGGGCCUGACUGCUGGCGAGGUGGCCGUGUAUCCCUGAAGGUCAGCAACGAUGGGCCUACGUUGAUUGGGGCAAAUGCCUCCUUCUCUAUUGCCUUGCACUUUCCUAAAAGCCAAAAGGUGCUGCCGGAUGGGCGGGUCGUCUGGGCCAACAACACCGUCGUCAAUGGGAGCCAGGUGUGGGGAGGACAGCUGGUAUAUCCCCAAGAGCCUGAUGAUACCUGCAUCUUCCCUGAUGGGGGUGCCUGCCCUUCUGGCCCUCUAUCUCAGAAAAGAUGCUUUGUUUAUGUCUGGAAGACCUGGGACCAAUACUGGCAAGUUCUGGGGGGCCCAGUGUCUGGACUGAGCAUUGGGACGGACAGGGCAGUGCCGGGCACACAUAACAUGGAAGUGACCGUCUACCACCGCCGGGGGCCCCGGAGCUACGUGCCCCUCGCUCGCUCCAGCUCAGCCUUCACCGUCACUGACCAGGUGCCCUUCUCCGUGAGUGUGUCUCAGCUGCAGGCCUUGGAUGGAAGGAACAAGCGCUUCCUGAAAAAGCAGCCUCUGACCUUUGCCCUCCAGCUCCAUGACCCCAGUGGCUAUUUGGCUGGGGCUGACCUUUCCUACACCUGGGACUUUGGAGACAGCACAGGGACCCUGAUCUCUCGGGCACUCGUGGUCACUCACACCUACCUAGAGUCUGGCCCAGUCACUGCACAGGUGGUGCUGCAGGCUGCCGUUCCUCUCGCCUGUGGCUCCUCUCCAGUUCCAGGCACCACAGAUGGGCGUGUGCCAACUGCAGAGGCCCCUGGGACCACAGCUGGCCAAGUGCCUACUGCAGAAGUCACAGACACUACACCUGGCCAGGUGCCAACUGCAGAGGCCCCUGGGACCACAGCUGGGCAGGCUCCAACCGCAGAGACUGUAGGUACCACACCUGAGCAGGUGGCAACCUCCCAAGUCUUAGGUACCGCACCAGCAGAGAUGCCAACUGCAGAGGCUUCAGUUACGGCACCUGAAGUGUCAUCUACAGAGCCCUCUGGAACCACGGUUACACAGGGAACAGCCCCAGAGCUGGCGGAGACCACAGCUGGAGAGAUGUCCACUCCUGAGCCUGCGGGUUCAAGUACCAGCCCAUUCAUGCCUAGAGAAGGUAUUGCAGGCCCCCUGAGCCCCCUGCCAGAUGACACCGCCUCCUUAGUCCUGGUGAAGCGCCAAGCCCCCCUGGACUGUGUUCUGUAUCGCUAUGGCUCCUUUUCCCUCACUCUGGAUAUUGUCCAGGGUAUUGAGAGUGCUGAGAUCCUACAGGCUGUGUCAUCCAGCGAAGGAGAUGCAUUUGAGCUGACUGUGUCUUGCCAAGGCGGGCUACCCAAGGAAGCCUGCAUGGACAUCUCAUCGCCAGGGUGUCAGCCGCCGGCGCAGCGGCUGUGUCAGCCUGUGCCCCCCAGCCCAGCCUGCCAGCUGGUUUUGCACCAGGUACUGAAGGGCGGCUCAGGGACCUACUGCCUCAAUGUGUCUCUGGCUGAUGCCAACAGCCUGGCGAUGGUCAGCACCCAGCUUGUCAUGCCUGGUCAAGAAGCAGGCCUCAGGCAGGCUCCUCUGUUCGCGGGCAUCUUGCUGGUGCUGACAGCUUUGCUGCUGGCAUCUCUGAUAUACAGGCAAAGACUUACGAGGCAAGGCUCAGCAGUCCCCCAUCCCCAGCUGCCAAAUGGUGGAGCCCCGUGGCUGCGUCUGCCCUGGGUCUUCCGCUCCUGCCCCGUUGGUGAGAGCAGACCCCUCCUCAGCCGGCAGCAGGUCUGAGAGCUCUUAUGUGAUGUCAUGAUUUACCCAGGUGGAGAACGAGGCCUGUCUUUUCUCUGGUCUGCCUCAGAGACUACCACUGCCUGAAAUAAAGACUCAGAACCUGA